AACAAUAUGGUGUUGCCGCCUAUCGACCUUAGCCAUUCCGGCUUGCUGGGGGGGAGGAUAUCUCUGGCAUCUUCCCAUCUUGGCUCGAUGAUUGCUGGCUUGGUGCUGGUAGUCUUGCUGACCAAAUACUUGCAACGCGUAUUCUUGCAUCCACUCAGCAAAUUUCCCGGGCCUUCGAUUGCCGCCGUUUCGCAUCUAUGGGAGUUCUGGCACGACUGGGUAAAGAACGGGACCUUCCUCGAAGGAGUAGCUGAUCUACACAGAAGUUACAAGUCCCCGGUAGUCCGUAUCGCGCCAAAUCACCUGCACGUCAAUGAUGUCGAGGUUUAUCAUCAAGUAUUCAAGGUCAACACCAACUUCUACAAGGCACCGUAUUUCUACGAGGCCUUCGGCUUUGCCACCUCCAUCGCCACCAUCACCAAUCCCCAUCGACACAAGCCGCUGCGGACGACCGUGGCGCCCAUGUUCACUGGAACGGCGGUGGAUGGCAUGUCCGACGAGAUGUACGAUAUGGUUCGCAAGGCAACCGACCUCCUGGCGGCCCGGUCGACCGGAACAGGGAACAAGUUCAACGUCAUGCAGUUCCUGCGGUGUAUCACGACAGACGUCAGUUGCAACCUCAUUUUCGGCGAGACGCUGGACCUGGUCAGCAAUGGGUAUCACUCGGAUCGCUUUCUGGGCAACCUGGACACCUUUGUCGAAAACGUGUGGAUCAUGGUGCACGCCCCCUGGAUUGCCCAGUUUGCGUUGAUGCUUCCCAACAGCCUCACCGAUAAAAUCGUGCCGGGCUAUGCCUACUUCCGAGAGCAAUGCAUUUCAUGGAUCGACAAGGUGCGCGCCCGCCGGGCAAAGGGGAUCACUCUGAUGAGGAACGGCCGCCCUACCUUGUUCGAUGUGCUCAUGGACGAUAACCCAGACAAGAACUACAAAGUCCCGAGCAAGAGUGAGCUGAUCGAUCAAGCCUUCCUUUUCGCGAUUGCCGGCACGGAUACGACGAGUAUGGCAACGACGUUUGCAGUCUUUCACAUUCUCAACAACCCCGCAGUCCGGGAGCGCCUCUGCGAAGAACUACGUGGAGCCUCCGCCAUUAUCAGAGAUCAGUACAAUUACCGAGAGGUCCGGAAGCUGCCGUACCUGUCCGCGGUGAUCAAGGAGGCGCUGCGAAUGUCGAGCCCCUUUCCGGGACGCUUGCCUCGCGUGGUACCCCCAGAAGGCAUGAAGCUUGACAACAAGUUUGUUCCAGGCGGGACUAUCAUCUCGAUCAGCUCUCGGUGCAUCAUGGACGACCCAAAGAUAUACCCGGAACCUGAGAAGUUCCUGCCAGAGCGCUGGAUGGGCGAGAAUGCAAAGAGCAUGGACCGAAAUAUGAUUGCCUUUGGCAAAGGCAGUCGGAGUUGUCUCGGCACAAACCUGGCCUACCUCAAAAUGUACACGAUGCUCUCGACCAUGUUUUGCCGGUGGGAUCUUCGGCUGGUCAGCCCGACAGACCACAAGCUUCGCUACCUCGACCAUGCCUUGAUUGAAAUGAAGUCGCAGGUGGUGGUGGAGAUCCUCGCAGACCAUUGGACCACAUGAACGGUCGGCCUGGGUUGGAGGAGGAAGACCGUUACAAAGUGCGCGAUAGAUAAUUGUAGUGAUUUAGUCCUCAAAUGACGAGCAGGUUUCGGCCGGCCCUUGAUGCCCUGGCUCCACACCACGACUUUUCUUAACCGAAUGACAUGAGAUCCUCAAACGAUGGGCGUCACUCUACGACGUACUUGUACAUGUCUGCGUAAUAAAAGGUUCCUUCUCGAUAGCUG